AUGGAAGACGAGGAAAUUCCCAAGGCCCAGUUGUAUCGCCAACGGCGCAGAAACAUCGAGAAAGUUUUGUGCUCUCUGUUAGUCUUCAAUUGGCAGGGUGAUGACGGCCUUGCCGGUGCCCAGCUGCGAGAUUUGAAUGUCGAGAUCGGAACGAAAGGGGUGGUGACAGAUCGCGAGUGGCUUGGAUCGUUCGAGGAAAAAUUAAGCUACUCUGGUGACCUCGAGGAUACCAAUGUCGUCUUGCCGUCGGACCUGAGACGCUCGAUGGAUAAAUACGUGCAGGAGGCUAAUGAUGUGAAAUGGAUGGAUGACAAGUUCGAAAAUCGCACUUCAAAAAACACGUACCACAAGAAACUUGAUUUUCCAUUCCGUCUCGUGUCCCACGAACUCGUGAAGAUCGCCGACCUGCCCUUUGGUGGUAUAAGUGAUCGUAAAAGGCUCAUGAGCGCUUUUGGCUGCUUGUUGCUCACUGCGCAUGAUACGCCAACAACCCGCAACAGUCAUGGAAUGUGUGCGGCUCAACUCGACACCCUCUGCGGUAGUAAUAAUUGGCCUUCGGCUGGCGAGCUUGCUGUCGUAGUCUGGCAGAUCAAGCGAGCGAUGCGUUCCGAGAAACAUAUUCAUGGAAGAAUCAAAGUCUGCUCCUGCAGAAGUGAAGGACUUUUGAGCUGCAACUACCCGGUAUGA